CCCGCUACUCGACCCCGACCUCCUCCACCACCACGAACACCCUUCAAUUCACGUCAUAGCACUAGGGCCUUCCUUUAAGCUCCGUCUCUAAAAUGGCGGGAUACGGGAAAGGGUCCGGAAGGGUUCCAACGGGGUGGGCUGCGGAAACCUUCAUCAGCGAAUCCACUUUCCGCGCAGGCCACCGAGCCAUCCAAGGGAAUCCAAAUGCCAACUCGAAGAAGAGGAAAAGGGAGGGGAAGGGUGACUCUGGCAUUGUAUCGGGACCAGGGGCUUACAAAGGACCGUGGGCGCGAUACGAAGCGGAGCGCCCAGAUGCUGCCCCGGACGACGAGUAUGCCGAAGAUGUCGAAGUGGAGUAUGUAUAUGAGGAGGAUGAAAUAGAGCCGAACCCAGAGCCCCCACCGAAGAAGCUUGCUGGAACCGACGCGGACGGUGAUGGGGAGAGGAGCGAGUUCGUCGGGAGUCAAGAAUAUGAUUAUCAGGGAAGGACGUACAUGCAUGUUCCGAAUGACCUGGAUGUCAAACUGACGGGCGAUCGCGGCGACGCGAAGAACUUCAUUCCUAAGAAACUCGUCCACACAUACAAGUACCACACGAAAUCCAUCACCCAGGUCCGCUUCUUCCCCGACAGCGGACACCUCCUCCUUUCCGCAUCAGCAGACUCUAAUAUGGCUCUAUGGGACGUGUACCACCAGCGCGAGCUCCUCCGCACCUACUCGGGCCACACUAAAUCGGUUGUCGAUAUCGACUUCAACCCCGUAGGCACACAGUUCAUUUCAGCAAGUUAUGACCGCUACAUGAAGCUCUGGGAUACAGAGACUGGGAAGUGUAUCAACAGGUUUACGUCUGGCAAGACACCGCAUGUUGUGCGCAUCAACCCCAGCACGCCGCACGAGUUCCUGGCUGGGAUGAGCGAUAAGAAGAUCCUGCAGUAUGAUGUGAGGAGCGGAGAGCUGGUGCAGGAAUACGAUCAUCACUUGGGACCUGUCAAUACCAUCACCUUCUGCGACGAGAACCGCCGCUUCGUCACUACCUCCGACGACAAGUCCCUCCGCGCGUGGGAAUAUGGUAUCCCUGUUCCCAUCAAAUACAUUGCUGAGCCAUACAUGUUCUCAAUGGUCCGGUCCUCCCCGCACCCGUCAGGCAAAUACAUUGCUAUGCAGUCCUCCGACAACCAGAUCGUUGUCUAUUCCUCGACUGACCGGUUCCGCCAGAACCGCAAGAAGAGUUACCGGGGUCACAAUGUGGCUGGCUAUGCUCCCGAUGUGGCUAUCAGUCCCGACGGGCAGUUUGUUAGCUCUGGAGACAGCGGUGGCUAUGUGUGCUUCUGGGAUUGGAAGACGUGCAAGAUGUGGCACAAGAUCCAGGCAAGCGACUCCCCACUCGUGGCGGUGCAGUGGCACCCGAGGGAGACGUCCAAGGUGAUUACGGGCGACUUGAAUGGUGUUCUCAAGUAUUGGGAUUAAAGUAACUUUUCCAGGGUGCGGGAAGGACGAAGGAGUUCGGGGGUCUGCGGGGCAAAAUGAUAUCCAUGGGCAUUGAUGGACGGCCUGAUAUAGGACAGGACCAUCGAGCCCAAUUGUACCAGAAGCAUUUCCAAUCCGUCGCAAGGAAUUCCGUCUGCAGCAUUAAUGUUCCCGCUCACCCAUU